GUUUUGAGGUGAGUUUUUGAGUAAAAAUGGUAGAAGAUUACAUGGUUUAAUGGAAGAAAAAUUGGUGAUUGACGAUGAGGAAGAAGAGAAGAUGAAAGGGAUUUGGCUGCUUCGUUUUCCAAUUUGUGCCUUCCCGUCCCUUUGUUUUGCUUCUUUUUCGGAUCCAUUUUUGUUAUGUUUUUCGUCCUUCUUUCCCCUCUCUCGCUUCUUUCCUCUCUGUUUUUGUUUAUUUCCCCUUUGUGUGUGUGGUGGGUGUUGAUAUAAUAUGUGUGUAACAGAUAGUGUGAGGUGUUGAAUUAGGGGGCAAGAAAGGUUUAUCACGAUUUGGGCUUAAGGAGAACACUCUUGGUAUGAUGGAUAGCUGGAAGCAAUAAGAGGGAACCUGUUUUUUUUUUAUCCUCCAUUCACAUCAAACAGACCACUACCCCCGCCUUAGAUCAGUUGAACAAUCUCUAAGACUAAUCAAAUUCACAUGGGUUUCAGAAGUAGGCUAAUGAGGGUGUAACUAUUUUAUUAUUUUGUGAAAGUAACAGAGUUUAUCUAACUCCUUUGAAUAAUAUAAAUAUGUGUAACUUCUUCCAUAACUUCAGGACCUUUGUCACAACGUCUCAAAAUUAAGAGAUAAACAACUUAUGAAUAUGCGUAGCUUGCCGUAGGCACGAUUAAUUAAUAAUUUGUCAUAGUUAUGGGUACGGUUCUUGCGGCAGAACUUUGACACCUAAUCCCAAAUUCGAGUGUGCGCUCGCAUGCCUUGAUCUCAUAACUUCAAAAUAAUAAUAAAAUAAAUAUGUUGUAAAUUGCGGGUACAUUUUACGUGGUGCGAUUUGCGGUAUAUAUAAAACGACAAGCGUAUGACAUCGUAACUUGUUUUAAAAUAAUUCCAUAAAUACUAAAAAUGAUUUAAAAAUACAAUAAAAGCGGUAAAGAGUUAAAAUGCACAUAGGUUUAAAAUAUGUAAUAAUCUGAUAAUUAAGCCGAGUUUAAUCGUAAAACGACCGUGCGAAAACUACGGAAUCCGGGAGAAUUUCUUACCCUGUCUUCUUUGUUUCGCAGACUUGAACAGAGUCAAGCUUUCCUUGAAUUUGGAUUUAAAAUAAAUGGUGGCUUGGGACACCGUAAAUAAUUAUUCCAAGCAGCGACUCUAAAAAAUAAUAAAAUAAAAUAAUCCCUCUUCAAUAAUGUCAAGUUAAUUGGAAAAACUUAUUUCCCCGUAAAAAGAAGGUGACAUUGUACUUUAUCGUUUUGAUGUAUACAAUGUUUGGAUAGAUUAUAUUGUUUAUCAUCGUUUCGUGAUGUUAUGCACCAAUAAUAUAAAGAAUAAACUUGCAAUAUUAUAAAGAAAAAAUAAGGUACGAGGUAGAAUUAUUAUAUAAAAAUGUAGGAUAAAGGAUAGAAUAAGAUCUUUUAAUAAUAAGGAAGAACAAGAUGAGAGAAAAAAAAAGUAACGACGCGACCAAACCAAAUCAGUCGUUACAUAAAAUGGCACUUUUUAACGACGGAUUUAACGAUACGAUACAAUAAAAUUUAACAAUCAAAACAAAGUAAUAAUAUGAUGCAAUAUAAUAAGUAACAACCAUUCAAACAAGCUGUUAAGAAAUAGUACUUGUGACUAUGGCAUAAGCCGCCCCCGACAAUCGGACACCAAAUGCAACGUAUAAAUCUCAAUGGCUAAUGCUACUUAUAAAUCGCAAUUAUCUAAUACGACUUAUAAAUCUCAAUUGACUAUUGCGACUUAUAAAUCGCAAUCAAGUAAUGCGAAUUAUAAAUCGCUUCUGAAUCCAACUUAUAAAUCGUGUAUGUUAAUGCGACUUAUAAAUCAUGCGGCUUAUAAGCCGCUUUUACAGGCGAUUUAUGUAUUAUAUGAAUUUAAAAACGCAAAUUUCGUCGACCAUUGAAGAGUGUUCUGCGCCGGCUUCACUCUGCAACUCUUUCCGCCUCUUCCUCCGCCUCCACCUUGCUGUUGCUGUCGCAAUCGCAACCAUAUCCGCUGAUGUGUGUUGUUCUCAUCUGCGGGAGUUUUCUAACAGAGUUCCAUAAUUCCCAAAGGGUUCCAAUCACUCCUCCCCCAGCUGCCAAAGAGCAAGAAAAUUGAUAGUUUGACAGGUAAAGGAGCUUUUUUUGGUUGUGGUCUGGAACCCACUGCAAAGUAACUUAUAGGGCCUCCACUGUUGUAUCUUACCUGGUGGUUUAAAAUGACAAUCGGUUCGGAAGAGGCAUCAAAGAAAACUUCACGUUCUCAAUUGGUUGUUUUGAACAGGGCAUUCAAAUUGGCUGAGCAAUGGGUUAACAAUAUGGGCUCUUCAGAUGAUGCUAAGCCAAAUAAUGUGGUUCUAGAGAGUCGUCCACCUAGGCUUGGAAUUGGUGCUGCAGUUCCACGUCAAUCUCAAACUGUACUCUCAAAUGACCCCGCGGAAAGAAAAUUACGUGCUAAAUUGGAUGCUGAGAAAAGAAAAAAAUUGAAGAGCUCUCAAGCAUCAACAAUUUCUGCCAAAGACGGGAAAGUUGAUGAAGAAAGCGAUGACGAGGAAUUAGAAAGCAAAACGAAAGCGUUUACCAAGAAGAGGCCUGCGGCUUUGCCCUCGUCUCUGCAAGCAAAGAAGAAGAAGAAGUGACUUCGCAUUAUCUAGCAAUGAAUACUUCGAGAUGUGCUAUAGUUUUCCUCUAGUAUAUUAUUCGAAGCCGUCAUCUUCUUGUUGCCAUUUUGCAAGGUGCAGUUCUCUUGAGGUCUCAGUCUCCAGUUAAGAGAAAUGUUUUUGAGUUCUGAGUAGCUGACCUAGAGUUUCAGUUCUCUGUAAGAGUAACAAAUUCUAUUAGUGAUGUUUAUUUCUCAAUAAUGUUCUUCCCUCCCACCACUCCUCUGCAUCCGGCCUGUGCUUUUGGUGACAAAUGUAUUUAGAAAACAUGUCACCCUCUCAUUCUUGCUCUUGCUCUUGCUCUUGAUUGAGGUUAAUGGCAAAGGAUAUCUUUUUUGACA